AUGCCCGGCACAACUCUACUCGCUGACGACGGCAAACUCAAUCCCUCCGAAUGGUUCCCCAUCUAUCAGAGCUGUAUAGACCACUUCGUGAACGUGGCACAGCAUCGGCCCAUCGCGCAAUCACUCGCGGCACAUGUCAACAUUCUCCUCCCCUGUCAGCGAGGCGCCGUUCCCAAUUCGGCCGAGUCAUCUCAAACCCCUCGCCAUGAAUCACAACCGACAGUAUACUCACUCACCCCCUACAUCCGCCGCCUCGUCGCCACAGCCACCGACACACCAACAAUAAUGCAAGAACUCUUCGGCGCAAACUGGGUCCAGGGACUCAGCACAAUCCUUGCCCAGGAGCGAAUUAAUUACCUCUUCGCCGCAAAGAGUGGCGGAUGGCUACAAACAAAAGCGCAAUACGACAUCCUACCAAACGAAACGAUUCCGUUCCUGAGGCCGCUGCGUGACCCGCGGGAAGAAGAGUUGAGGGCGGCGGAGGCGCGAUGGAGUGAAUGGUUGGCUAUGGAGGAUUGGAUGGUGGGACCGCGCAGUCCGUUUGAGGAGGAUUCGUCGGGGAAUUAG